GGAGGUCUGAUCUCAGAACCAGAAUAAGUGAAAGUGAGCCUUGAACUGUCAUAGUCUUUGUUGUUCGAGAGUACAGGUUUAAAGUUUUGGAGGAAAAUGAACAUUGAAAGUUUUAGUUAAAACUGCAUUACGUUUGAGAAAAUAAUUGUAACAUGACGUGUCGUUUAAGAAUUUAGCAGUGUAAUGUAUAUGUAUUAAAAUAUUUCCCACCCUUCCGACAUAAACUUCUUUCUUUGGUUCAAGGCAGAACAAUGUUUAACCAAGUUUUCAUCUGCGAAACACCUCACAAGAGGUACUUAAAUGAGCUGAUUGAAGUUGAUGUAAAACCUCAACCAAAUCCACAGAUAGAAUUGGUGACAAAAAAAACAAAAUUGGAGGUGGAAGAUGUAAAAGUGGAGAUUGAUAAGCAAGUGUUUGAAGGCACAGAACUAGAAGCAAAACAUGAACAUAAAUUUAAUCAAAAUAUGAACAAAUGUUUCACUCUUAUAUCUGCUGAAGAAAUCAAAGUUCAAAAACGGAGCUUCUCUGUAGAGCAGGACAAAGAAGUUGUAACAAACAACUUAUGUACUAAACAAUCCAAUUCCGACCCACAGGAAAAAAAUGUCAAGAUUGAUGUAAAUAAUUGUCAAACAGUACAAUUACCACAUGAUUUUCUUCAAGAUCCAAUCAAGAUACAAGAUGAGAACAAAAUUGCAAACAUUCAUGAAAAACAACUGGAUACAAGAAAUAUAAUCAUUACAGCUAAUGAAAGUGGAUAUAUAAUACCAGAUCAACCUCCUACGGAGAGUAGUAUCAAAGUUUUGCAGAAGGAAGAUUAUUCUACAUUGAAUAAAAACCAUUGUCAUGGGACCACCUCUUUAAUUGCCUCUCCAUCUCGUGAUAGUAUAGAUGGAGAUGAUAGUUGUAGUGAUUGGGAGCAAGAAUAUUUCUUUUCCAGUGUGAAAUCCAAAUUGCAUUCAAAAACAAAAGAGCUUGAGAAUAGAAAUGUAACUUUUUUAAAUACAAGUUAUCAAUCUAUAAAUUCAACUACAUUAAAAAAUAAAACUAAAGAAAACAGCAUAGUUUCUGAUCCUGUCAAGGUCCAAAUACAAAGUACUAUGAACAAUUUAGGAUUAGAGACUUUGAAUAUUGAUUUGAGGAAUAAGGUAAUAUACGUGUCUAAGAAUUCUAUCAAACAAAUUGACAAUGUAACUCCAAGAGAACCAACAAUUAACUCUAAGAUCACUAAAAAAGUGAAGAAUAAAACUAUAAAAGUUAGUGAACAAAAUAAAAAAGUCAAACAGGGCUUAAAAAAUAAAACUAUAUUAAAAGUUACCAAAUCAAAAGUAAUAGCUAAAGAUGUAGAAGGAAAUGAAGAGGUGUAUAUGUGUAAUAUUUGUAAUAAUUUUUUUAAAAGUAAAAAACAACUUCAUGCCCAUGCCAAGUACUCCUUAUGUAAUGGAUUCAGGAGAGAAAAAAAGCUUCAGUGUGACAUAUGUGGCAAAUUGUUCAAUGGUUUUGAAAAAUUGCAAGAUCAUAAAAAUAGUCAUUUUCAGGCAAGGCCAUACAAGUGUUUUGACUGUGAAAAAUGUUUUAAUAGCAAAAGUACUCGCCAGAUGCAUCACAGAAAAAUGCAUAAAAACAUCACAGUAAGUUAUCUCUGCUGUUACUGUGGUAUUACUACAAGUAAUAUCAAGCAUUUGCUUGCUCAUGAAGAAACCCACUGCCUCCCAGAAGGAGCCGAGAUACCAACUCCCUUCAAGUGUUUACAGUGUGGAAAAGGGUUCAUUUCUCAAUUCAAGUUAACAAGGCAUCUAAGAGAACAUAAAUCAAAGAAAUGUCCUACAUGUUCAGAAGAAUUUUUGUCAGAUGCGCCACUUCGCAUGCAUUUGGAAAAUGUUCAUGGAAUAGUAAAGAUUUUCUCAUGUGAUAUUUGUACCAAGACUUUUAAAACCUCAGUAAAUUUACGGCUACAUGUGAAAUCACAUUCCACUAUUAUGUCUUUUUUCUGUGACAUCUGUGACAAGGGAUUCAAGCAGAAACAUCAUAUUGAGCAACACAUGAUUACACACUCAGACGAGAGACCUAUAUCCUGCUCACAGUGUGAUGAGACCUUCAAGCGGAAAACUCAUCUAAAGCAGCACAUAAAAUCUGCACAUGAAAGCAGAAACAAAGGCAAAAAAACAUCAAAGAAAGCUUCAAGAGAAAGUUCUGAUUAAAAAAUUAUAGAAAAAAAUUAAUGAGUUUCAAGUACCAACCAAGUAUAAUUUAUCUUUGUACAGAUAAUAAAUACUUAAUGUAAAAAAGUUUACAUUUAAUUUAUGAUAUUUUAAAAGUUUUUAUCCUGAUAUUAAAAUAUGAUGAAUAUAUUUUAUACUUCUAAUGAGACUAAUUAAAUAAUAGAUGGCCAUGAAAA